CUGAAAUUUAAAAAAUCUGCCCUCAGAUUUGAUUUAACGUAUAAGGCUCAUUUGGCCUCAUUGGCUCAGGGUGCUUGUGUCAUUCUGCCCGUUUCUGAUGAUGACGACUCAACAUAAAUUAUUUACUACGAAAGAUGAUAAAAUUAAAGAGGGAAUUAGACUAAUCAGUGAAAGAGUCCCGCUUGAAAUUCUAAAUCAGUUAUUACCAAUUAUUUUUAAUGACAGUCUUUCAACAUCAUCAUCUCCUUCAACGAUUAAAGAAAUUUCGAAAAAAAAUCUUCCCCUCAU